CCGGUAUAGUCUCACAGUCACGUUAAACCAAUUUUCACCUUACAAUCCAGCCUUUUUAGGGUAAUUGCUUCAUCGGAAUGUCAUGAAGUAUUAAAUGUACGUGCAUUCGUAGCCAGCAUCAUUCCUGAUUUUACCUGAAAUACAUUAAUUGUAAAUAUAUCAACGAGUUAACCGUACUAUCAGGAUUCAGGGAGCAGUCAGGAGCAGCCAGCAGACUUCGACUGCAGCUUAGCCAAGGCUAGAAACUGAGUUCUGUUCGUCGACGUUGUCAUCAGUGCAGCGCAUCUAGCUACUAUACUACAUACAGUAGCACUGCACUGUAGGAGUAUGUAGCUUGCAUGUAUUGCACGUCUAUGAAUCAUCUGCACUAUACUUGACAGUUGACACAUCACAACAUUGCACAGCUGAUUGGGAUACCACGACAAGGAGCUGAUCCAAUCUAGUUGCGUGUUGAAUUCUUGGUGUCAUUGAUGUGCCGAUGAGAAAGCAAUCAGGAUGUUUUCGGCAUUGAAGAAGCUGGUUACCAAUGAACAAGGGGAAACCAGGCCCAACAUCCCCUCGGGGAUGCAGGCCAUGGGGGUCAGUCUGCAGCGCAAGUUUGCCAGAGGGGUACAAUACAACAUGAGAGUAAUCAUAAAAGGUGACAGGAACACAGGGAAGACGACGCUCUUUCAUCGGCUACAGGGAGGCAAGUUCACAGAAAGUUAUCUUCCAACAGCUGAGAUUCAAGUAGCCAGUAUACAGUGGAACUACAAAGCUACCGAUGAUGUCGUCAAAGUGGAAGUCUGGGAUGUGGUUGACAAGGGGAAGCCCCGGAAACGAGAGAGAAACACCCUGAAGAUAGACAACAAAGAUACAGACGAAGAUGACCCUGACAACCCCUGCCUGGACGCAUCGUUCCUUGAUGUAUACAAGGGAACCAAUGGUGUGGUGAUGAUGCUGGACAUCUCUAAGAAAUGGACAUGGCAAUACGUUGAGAAAGAGCUUCCCAAGGUUCCUACACAUAUACCGGUAUUAGUCAUGGCCAGCUUCAAAGACUUGCAUGAAGAGCAGGCAGUCUACAGAGAAGAAAUUGAGUACUUCAUCAAAGAACUAGACAGACCUCCAGGUUCAGCCCACAUUCGAGUAGCGGAAUCUUCCAUGAAAAACGGUUUUGGCCUAAAAUAUCUGCAUUCUUUCUUCAACAUCCCAUUCUUACAGUUACAGAGGGAAACACUUCUACAACAGCUGCAGAGGAAUCAGUUAGAAACCGAUGCAACGCUAGAAGAACUAGAUGCAAGAAUAGAGUCAGAAGAUCAGGAUUACGAUAUGUAUUUGUCAAGUCUUUCCCACAAGCAAACAGAUAAGUCUAAAGGUUCUUCAUCGUCUCUCAACGUACCCAAUGGCCAGACACCGAGGAGAGCUUCAGAUACAAGCAGUAAUCGAAGCUCAUCCGCAUCUGCUACUCCUGCCAAAGUAAGCCCCGCCCACUCACCAAGCCAGCUUACCCCUAGCUCAACUCCGCCCACAACCAGACAUAUACAGCAGCUACAGCCAAUCAAACAGCAGCAGCAGCAACAAGCCCCUCCCACAAGGCCUGCUCCAUCCCCCGUCGUCACCCAGGAGGGGGAGGAGGAUCAGACUACGCUAGGCAACAGGUUCAGCAAGUGGUUUGCUCCGAGCGAGUCCAAGGUCCAACAAGGAACAAGAGUGGAGGAUGAGAAAUCGGCAGUCAUUGAAGCUCCAGCUGAGAUCCACCAUUCCCGUAAGCAGCAGCCCCAGGGCAAGAUCAGCAACGUUGAUGAGUUCAUCCCCGACGAUGGCAUCGACAAGGGAUUCUUUGAUGAGACGGACUCUAGACCCGCAGCAGAGGCCCCCAAGAAGAGCAGUAUAUUCAGCUUUGGAAGGAAAGCAAAGCCUAAACCCAAACCAGAGCCCCCGGCUCCGGCACCGGUCGUAGCUCAAGCUCCAAAUCCGGACUCAGACAGCGAUGAUGGAAUGAAUCCAAUGGUUGCUGGAUUCCAAGAGGAGCUGGACUCCGAAGACGAGGUGAUUGGAGAAGGGGAGGAAGUCCAGGCAGUGACCCUCGUUACCCCCGACACAGAGGGACCCGAUUCACCGUUCGAUACAUUCUCAAGGAUGCCUCCCAGGCUUGCAAGUAUGGACAUGUCCAGCGAUGAAUCCGCUGAUGAUAGGCCAGUCGUAGCAAUGGACGGAGUCGAUGACGAUUCGGAUGACGACGCAACAACGUCAUCAACACGGUCAAAGCUAUCGAGUGGGAACAUGGGGUGGAGCUUCGAAAAGAAACUGUCGUCGACGAAAGAGUCUAGCAGGAAUUCAGCAACCUCUAGCAUGCCGUCCAAACCGAACGUUGAAACGAAAAGACAACCCAAGGUCUCGACGUCGUCAUCCUCGUCGUUACCGGACACUCAAGAGGUGAUGUCCUCAAGGACACAGGGGGCUUCAAAGACACAUGGGGCUUCAGGAUCCCAGGUGACUUCCAACCAGGAUAUUGUCUCUUCAGGAGAAGACGAAGGGGAAGGGAUCAAGGUUUUACAGGAUUGUGAGGACAUUUCAGAGGACGAAGCAGUGGUGAGACCAACAUCUUUAAGAACUGGUGAUGGUGGAUUUAACACUGAUGUAAGACCGUCCAAGGUUGUCCUAGAGGAUAGUGAUGAAGAGGGAACAGAACCUGUAGAGGUACCAACUACCCCAAGUCAAGAAGUAUCGUCACCAACAACUCUUGGUCUGACGUUACAAUUAGAAGACCUCAAUUUCUUAGAGAGUGUAACUUCAAAACCUGCCAAACAAACAGUCUCAAGAAACCUAUCACGAGCCAGUGAUGAGUUUGAUGUCCUCGUCUCCGUGGUCCAGGAUGAAGACAUCAGUGAUUGUGAGACCAACACCAGUACUAGCACCAGCAGCUCAGCCAAGAAGAAAAAGAAACACAGGAGCAAAGACAAGGAAGAGGAUGAUGAGGAGAGGAUACACAAGAAACACAAACACAAGAAGCAUAGAGAAAAGGACAGAGAGGACAGACACUCUAGGAGAGACUCCAACCAAGACGGUGGCGAAGAACAACGCAAGAAGAAGAAGAAGAGCAGCUCCAGCUCCGGCUCCAAGAAGAAGUCCUCCUUGGGAGAGAAACGAGAGAAGAAACGGGAUGGAGCCUCUGGAGGAGGAGGUGGAGCAGGAUCCACAGGAGCAGGAGGAGGAGGAGGGGGAGGAGAUGCAAUGGAUGAUGAUGCAGCUUUGGAGGCAUUUCUGGAAGGAUUAUAAAUGCCCAAGCAUGAGAACAUUAUCUUGCCUUCCAAAACCAAAGGUUAUGUCUAUAAGUUUUUAAUUUUGGGCUUUGCAGCAAUAUGCGUUUUAUUUCUUCAUCCUUUUAAUAUGUGUUUUUCAUCUGCUACUAACAAUAAUUAUUAGAACUACUGUUAGAAAAUGGUUGAUAUUUCAUUUUGUAGUUCCCACAUGGAGAGAAAAAGAGAAAGAAAUGAGGGUUUGGAUGAGGUCAAAGUUUAUCAUUAAUAUUUCAUUUAUCCUUGUUCCUUGUACAUGUACUGCAAAUAGUGUUCCAUGACAUUCAAUUCACAAUUCAUUGAAUCCAUUUUGAAUUUCAUUGGUAGAGAAAAACAAGCCUUUUGUUGGUCCAAAAUAGUAUGUAAAAUGUUAUGAUAUGUACUGAUAUAAACCAUAGCCUCUACACUUCUCUGAAAGUGUUUAAAACGUUCUUCCCUUGGAGUCGGUUUCAUUUCCAUGUAAUGUACACUACCAGUGGUUGUCAUCACAAUUUAUCCUCGGUUUGGUAUAGGAGUUAUUAACCAUUAGGAUAUCAUAUAAUUUUUGUUUCAUUUAUCAGUUAUUUAGGGAUAUGUCUACAAUAAUAAUAAUAAUAAUAAUAGCUCAUUCUUAUAUAGCGCUUUUCAGUACCGCAGGCCAUCUCAAUGCGCUUUACAGAUAUAUAUUAUUACCCCGGUCAUCUGAUUCAGGCUAACCCACACACAAUGUAUGCACAUUCUUCACUCCCUGGGGAGCAUUCAAGCCGGGUGUCAUUUUUACAACACUAACUUUCGCAUCCUACCGGGUACCCAUUUAACACCUGGGUGAAGAGUGGCAAAUGUUUUGCAGAUUUAGUUCUCCCUGUUGAUUGAGAUUGCUUUCUUACUAAUCCGUUUUCUGAUUCUAACUAAUCCUAAUCCUAUUUCGGCUUCAAGUAAGGCUUCAACCAGGCUCUGAUUGAAUCUGUGUUAGUUUUCACUGCAAUGAUCAGGGACCCGUUUCACAAGACCUGUCAUCAGUGACAAAUGACAGUCUUUGUUAUAAGCUACUGCAAUCCUUGCUUCUGAUUGGUUAUCAGCAGACUUGUCACUGAAUUUUGUCACUUGUCAUUGAAAAAAGGCUUUGUGAAACGGUUCCCAGAAAUAUUAACCAUUAAACUUGUAUUACCUGCAUGUCGCAGGGCGGUCCACAGACAAACAUUAAAACGUGUCAAAUUGAAAGUUUGAACUUUGAAGGUGUGUGAACUGGGGGGUGUUUCACAAAGAUCUUAAGUUGAACUUCUAAUCUCUAAGUUGGACUUAACAAUUAUG